CUGUUUUCAGAGCUAACGGGAAAGGGCCAGGAUGGUGGAGGCUUUCUGUGCUACCUGGAAGCUGACGGACAGCCAGAACUUUGAUGAGUACAUGAAGGCUCUAGGUGUGGGCUUUGCCACUCGGCAGGUGGGAAAUGUGACAAAACCCACAGUAAUCAUCAGUCAGGAGGGAGGCAAGGUGGUGAUCCGGACACAGAGCACAUUCAAGAACACGGAGAUUAGUUUCCACCUGGGAGAAGAGUUUGAUGAAACCACUGCAGAUGACAGAAACUGUAAGUCUGUUGUUAGCCUGGAUGGAGACAAACUCGUUCAUGUACAGAAAUGGGAUGGCAAAGAAACAAAUUUUGUAAGAGAAAUUAAGGAUGGCAAGAUGGUUAUGACUCUUACUUUUGGUGAUGUGGUGUCUGUUCGCCACUAUGAGAAGGCAUAGACGGUUCCUGAUCUGGGCCUGGAGGAGCUCCACAAUUUUUCUGUUACUCAAGUCUCAUUGCUAUCCUGCUAUUACAGCACGGCUCAUCACAUAUUAGAAGGUUAUCCUUGGUGUGGAGGUAGAAAAUGGUGGUUUUAAAACUUCUUUAAAA